AGAUAGGUCAAUAGAAAAAAUGUGCACACCUGUAUCGUCUUGAAUGGCAGCUCUUUUAUGACAGGAUUGUAUUUAUCUAGCCUCAGUCGCAAGCAAACCUUCUCUUAAGUCGUUUGUGCGUGGUUUCUUUUGCGUUGGUUUCCGGUUGAAAUAAUCUUGUUUUUUCGGUUCAGUUUCAUCGUGAAAUAGAAAAGUUAUUUCGCUCUAAGAUGCCUAUCUAUCACAAGCCGGAGUCGAAAACCAUUCAGGAAUUGAAGGAUAUAGCCCACAAGUUACGCAUUCACUCGAUUUCCUCGACCCAAGCUUCGAAAUCCGGACACCCGACGUCAUGUGCAUCGAUUGCGGAAAUCGUAUCGGUACUGUUUUUCAACACAAUGCGCUACAAGAUCUCGGCCCCGCGUGACCCUUCAUCUGAUCGUUUUAUUCUGUCUAAGGGUCAUGCUGCACCGAUUCUUUAUGCCGCUUGGGCAGAGGCUGGCCUUUUUCCGGCUAGUGAACUGCUGAAUCUACGCAAGAUUGAUUCUGAUCUGGAAGGUCAUCCAACACCGAGACUGAGCUUCAUUGACGUUGGAACCGGUUCACUCGGCCAGGGUGUGGCAGUUGGCUGCGGUAUGGCAUAUGUCGGAAAGGUUAUUGACAAGGCCGACUACAGAAACUACGUUCUAGUAGGAGAUGGUGAGUCGGCUGAGGGGUCAAUCUGGGAAUCGUUGCACUUUGCUGGACAUUACAAGCUGGACAACUUGUGUGUAAUUUUCGACGUUAAUCGGCUGGGACAAUCUGAACCAACUUCAUUACAGCAUCGUAUGGAGGUCUAUCGCAAACGUUUGGAUGCUUUCGGCUUCAACGCAAUUGUUGUCGAUGGCCAUGAUGUGGAGGAACUCUGCAAGGCUUUCUUCGAAGCAUCGGUAACUAAGGAUCGACCAACUGCUGUUAUUGCAAAAACGUUCAAGGGCAAACAUUUUCCAAACAUCGAAGACUUGGAGAACUGGCAUGGUAAGCCAUUGGGAGAGAAUGCAGCUGAAGUGAUUCAGCAUUUGCAGUCUUUGAUUCGUAAUCCCGGUCAAACAUUACUCGCUCCUCCUUCACCACAGAAAGAUAGUGCUAAGAAGGUGAGCAUUAACAAUAUUCAGCUUGUAACUCCUCCAGCAUAUAAGCUUGGUGAAUCCGUUGCUACACGAUUGGCUUACGGAACAGCAUUAGCCAAGAUUGCAAUGAACAAUGAUCGCGUUAUCGCUUUAGAUGGUGAUACGAAAAAUUCCACGUACUCUGAUAAGUUACGUAAAGCUUUUCCUGAACGUUUUAUUGAGUGUUUCAUCGCCGAGCAAAAUCUUGUGGGUGUAGCUAUCGGAGCAGCUUGCCGGGAUCGUACAGUUGCUUUUGUGUCUACUUUUGCAACAUUCUUUACUCGAGCUUUCGAUCAGAUUCGUAUGGGCGCUAUCUCACAAACCAAUGUGAACUUCGUUGGAUCGCAUUGUGGUGUUAGUAUUGGAGAGGAUGGCCCCAGUCAAAUGGGUCUGGAGGAUAUUGCUUUGUUUAGAACCAUUCCCGGAAGCACCGUGUUCUACCCAUCAGAUGCGGUCAGUACUGAACGAGCUGUUGAGCUGGCAGCCAAUACUAAAGGUGUUUGUUUCAUUCGCACAUCACGACCAAACACCGCUGUAAUCUAUAACAACAACGAACCUUUCCAGGUUGGCAAGGCCAAAAUCGUCAAACAAUCGGCCAAUGAUACUGUUUUACUGAUUGGAGCAGGUGUUACGCUGUACGAAGCACUUAAUGCGGCAACUGAAUUAGAGAAGUCCGGCAUUCACGCACGUAUUUUGGACCCGUUCACUGUAAAACCUUUGGACAAAGAAGCAAUAGUUCGAAAUGCCGCUCAAUGUGGCGGUCGCAUUGUCGUAGUUGAGGAUCAUUAUAAGCAAGGCGGUUUAGGUGAAGCAGUUUUAUCCGCUGUCGCUGAACAGCGCAACAUGAUUGUUAAACACUUGGGCGUUGAACAGAUCCCACGUUCUGGACCUCCAACCGUUUUGAUCGAUAUGUUUGGCAUUUCGGCUCGCUGUAUUGUGGCUGCAGUACAUGAAAUUAUAAAGCUGUAAGCUUUUACACGAAAUGUUUACAUCGAUGAUUUGAUUUUAUAAGCUGAAAGCUUUUGUACUAUUCCCAUUUAAAACACCUAUGCAUUCCUUAUUGAACAUUUCUAGGCUUCCAUUAUAUCUUGAUAUUGCGGUUGGUUUUAAAGCUGGUCUGAAACUAUCUCAUAAGUUUAAAAGUUUUUUCAUUGUUGUAUGCAUCAUUGGUACGUUUACUUAUUAGGGUUUAUUGUCAUUAUGCCAUCAGAACAUUCAAUGCAUUUUUGCAAUAAAAAUUGACUUUCGUAA